AUGGCCGAAGUACCAAAUGAGCUGCCCAAUGCUCAAUACAAAAGCGCUAGGAAUAUCUUCGCCCAACAAUUCCCAGCAGCCGCAAGCUCAUCGAAACAAGCUAGGGACGAUGACUCGAAAGCCCCAUUGCCCAAGGGCGUUGUCCUAGACAAAGACGGCAAGCCCUGCCGCACCUGCACAUCCGUCGCAUCCUGGAAAGCCCUAACAAGACAAGCCAAAGCCGAAACUCCAGGCAACACAACAAAAACAACAACCUCAACGCCAGCCCUAGCAACAUCAUCAUCGAACGAAACGUCCGCAGAAUGCCCGCCGGACGUAGAACAACUAGGCCGUUCAACCUGGACACUCCUGCACUCGAUGGCAGCAACAUACCCCGAAAAGGCCAACACAGAACACCAAGACAACAUGCGCGGAUUUUUAAAGUUUUUCUCGAAGCUUUACCCGUGCUGGGUGUGCGCCGAAGAUUUCCAGACUUGGAUGGCGCAUCCUAGUGGAAAGAAUCAGCCACGGUUGGAGAGUCGGAAAGAGUUUGGGUGGUGGAUGUGUGAGGCUCAUAAUGAGGUUAAUCGGAAGCUGGGCAAGAAGGAGUUUGAUUGUCGAUUUUGGGAGGAGAGGUGGAGGACUGGGUGGAAGGAUGGGAGGUGUGAUUAG